GUGUGUGUGCUACAAAGCUAGCCGUGCUGUUCAUCAUCAUUCACAUUGGUAAAAACAGUACAGUACAGUAAAGAUGCUGCCCUGUUUUGUGUUAACGAACUAGACUAUCAUUUACAUCGUUUUCACUCAUUUCAGACAGGCUUUGUGCCGAUAAGGAAAACUUGAGUAACCGUGGCGCUGUUAAGCUAACGAGGACAAGCUAGAGAAAGCUAGCACCACCAAACGGCCACGCCAAGAUGGACGGAGCUGCUGCCGCGGCGAUCACAGAGGAUGGAGCCGCAAACAAACCCUUCGACGGACACAGAGCAUCAGAAAACAACGUCGGUCCAUCGGCUGAGGACAUAGCAAGUGACAGGGUUGGGGUUUUCUGCUGUCAGGAUUGUGGAGAAGCCUUCAGAGAGGAGGCAGCCUACUUGGAGCAUCGCCAUCAGCACUUGCAAGAAAAUGUGCAUUUAGUCAAAGAAUGCAGCAUUGUGUGUAAGGAUUGUGGACUGAAGUUUACACACUGGCAAGUCUUCAAGACUCACCUGCACCAGCAUGCCAUGGAAGAUGAGGAGGAGGAGGAAGAUGCUCAAACAGGAGACAACAGAAAUCCUGCAGCAGAGCUGCUCCCUGGCGGAGAACACAGGGAUGAAGGCCUGGGCUGUGCUGCCAAUGGGUGUGACACAAGCAGUUCAUCGCAAACAAAACCCUCAGAUUUAAUACAAAGUGCCUCAUUGAAGAAGAAUCAACAAAAAGUUUACGCUUGCUUGGUCUGUGGGAAGGUUUAUACAUACCUGGUUUCUUUCCAAAAACACCAACAGCAGCAUGAAAACCGCUCCUCUACAACAGACAAUCAGACUGCACAGAAUUUGCAUAAAUAUGAGUGUUCAGACUGUGGGAUGUCCUUCAGCAGGCGAACACGGCUAUUUGGUCACAUGAGAGUUCACAGGUCACGCAGACAACAGAGAUCGAAACCUCCUAGAUGUGAUCAGUGCAACAAAGACUUCUCGUCUAUGAAGUCAUGGAUGAGUCAUAUUGAUAUCCACAAAGAGAAACCGUUCUGGUGUUUAAGUUGUGCCAAAGGCUUCAGAGAUGAAGUGUCACUGGAUAAACACCUUCAGAGUCACAGUCUGAGGCAACACAAGUGCAACAUUUGCCACAAGAGAUUCCAAAUGUCUGCCCAGCUUAUGAAUCACUACAACACCCACACCGGAGCAAAGCCUUAUCAGUGUCCAUUCUGUGGCAAGACCUUUUCCCAUGCUGGAAAUCUGAUUACACACAAAAAGAAGCAUCUUAGAGUUUAUGUUGGGUCCAGUGGGAUGCUUCUGGGCAGCAGGAAUUCUGGGAUUUUCACAAAGAAGCGAGUCAUUAAAAAGAAGCUACCUGUUCUCGCCAGCAUCCAAGAGGAGCCAGAGAUGGAUACAAACAUGGAGGAGCUGCAGGGAAAGGAUGAAAGUGGAGUGAGAAGUGAAACUCAAAAGGAGUAUGCUGAGUUUGGGGAUCACGCCAACUCCGAAGAGUCUGAUUGCGGCGAGCCUGUACAUUACUUGGCUGGUACGGCUGGAUCUGAUCCACCUGAAGAGUCAAAAUCAGAAACGGUGCAACCACAAGCAGGACAGGACCUGGACGAGAGUAAGUCGCAGGAAACAAAUAUGUACAGAGAGCAUAAAUACUGGGAAUGGGAGUGUUUUGAAUGUGAUAUGGGUUUUGAUGAUGUGGCACACCUGCAUUUGCAUUAUAUAAAACAUGCCACUGGGGAGCUGCCUUUUCCACAGUAUGAUAUUGAGGGAUGAAGGCUCACAGAGAAAUUUAUUUUCUCAUACUGAUGCCAAUAAUACCAAUAAUUUUGAUACAUUUGGGGAAGUUAAUAGUUUUUAUCACUUUUUUUUUUUUUUUACUUUUCUAUGUCAAAGAUUAAUGGUUUGGGCAAAGAAACAAAGAGUUAACAACUUACUGUGGAACUAUGUCUAGUAUGUUUUGAAUUCACUGUGUUAAACAAAGUCAAGGACAAAUAUCCUUAGUCUGUUGUAGAUACUUGUGAGAUUGAUCUUGAGUAUCUACAGCAGACUAAGCCUCAACAGUCUGAUGCUACAAGAUUUUACUGCAUGUGUUUAAUGUAUAGGUGUCAUAUGUAAACUGAGAUUAAAACUACAUGUUGCAAAAUGUUGUUAUGAACCAAAAGUGAAAAAGUGAGAUCAUGAAAAACUAGAAAGUAAAUCUAUACCUCAUUCUACUUUU